GUCAGCAUCGUGUCGAAGUUCUUCAAGGCUUUCACCUCGAAUCCCCGGCUGAAGGUGGUGACCGACACCUUCAAGGAGGCGAGCACCGACUUCGCGCACUUCUUCAUCAUCUUCUUCACGCUCUUCCUGCCCUUCACCAUCAUCGGCCACGUGCUCUUCGGGAACGACCUCGAGGAGUUCAGCAGCAUCGGCAGCAGCUUCAACACUGGCCUGCAAGUCAUGUUGG